ACCAUAUUUCAUUCACUCACCACUACAACAUUUUCCCUUCCUUCAAAAACAAAGACCAAGAUGUCUCCUUUAGGGUUUUUCCUUGUGGGUCUUCUCUCAUUAGUUUCGUUAGUCCAUGGCUACAGCGGCGGCGGCGGAGGAUGGAUCAAUGCGCAUGCAACCUUCUACGGCGGUGGGGAUGCGUCUGGAACAAUGGGUGGUGCAUGUGGAUAUGGGAAUCUGUAUAGUGAAGGAUAUGGAACUAGCACGGCGGCUCUGAGCACGGCCAUGUUCAACAGUGGGUUGAGCUGUGGUUCUUGCUUUGAGAUUAAGUGUGAAAAUGAUCAAAAAUGGUGUCUCCCCGGUUCUAUAGUGGUCACGGCAACCAAUUUCUGCCCUCCAAAUAAUGCCCUACCAAACAAUGCCGGCGGUUGGUGCAACCCUCCUCAGCACCAUUUUGAUCUUUCUCAGCCCGUAUUUCAGCGUAUUGCCCAGUACAAGGCCGGAAUUGUGCCCGUUGCUUACCGAAGGGUGCCUUGUAUGAGGAAAGGAGGAAUAAGGUUCACAAUAAACGGACAUUCAUACUUCAAUCUUGUUCUGAUUACCAAUGUUGGUGGAGCCGGAGAUGUCCAUUCGGUUCAGAUUAAAGGGUCAAAGACAGGAUGGCAGUCGAUGUCGAGAAACUGGGGGCAAAAUUGGCAAAGCAAUAGCUACUUAAACGGGCAGAGUCUUUCCUUUAAGGUGACCACUAGUGACGGUCGGACUAUCAUCUCUAAUAAUGCUGCACCAUCAAGCUGGUCCUUCGGUCAAACCUAUUCGGGCGCCCAAUUCCACUGAAUAAAAUGACCUAUUUGCCCCUAGCUUUUAAAUAUGAGAAGUAAAUGGCCUUUCUCUUCAUAAUCCUAGUGGUAAAGAAGAAAAGGAAGUGACAAAGGUUGCCCUUAUUUUAAUUUAUGGGCAUUUUUGUCCCUUUUCAAUCCCUAGGGUGAAGAGAAAUGGAGGGUUAGCCUUAAGUAUAAGGGUGUUUUUUUUUGUUUUUUUUUUUUCACCGUUUAAGUAAUGGUGUUUUGAGGUGUCUUUUUUAUUUUUGGUUUCGGUUCUGUCACCGUUAAGGGUAGGUUAGGUUGCAGAGGUGGGCAAUAACCACCCGCCACUAGGGAGGGGCAAUUUAAGGACUUUCUUUGUUUUGGAUUUUAGGUCAAGUUUGGUUUGUAUUAAUGUUAUUGUUGUUGUGUUCUAAUUCUCUACUGUUUGUAAUCUUACAUAAUUUUGUUUCUUUCUGCUACUAAUUCAUUCAAAGGAAAGAACGAAAUUUGUUUG